GCGGCAAAACCAUCGCACAAGGCACCGUUGGUCGCGUUUUCCGCACGCCACAACGUUCGUCGCGCCCAAACCGCAAACACCGUCGUUGUCGAUUGUUCGUCGCCACCGUGUCGUCUCCGCGGAUUUCGUGUUUGAUCGCGUGAUAAACGCCAAGAUAGAAAAUAUUAUUUCGAUACGAUAAUAUAUUAAAAUAUUUUUUCGAAUCGCGUUCGUCUUAGAGUAGGUUUCUCACGAUACUAUACAUAAACACGUACGGUGCCUAAUAAGAGUAUUAUUUCGCUGUCGAGUGUAGACGCGUUGUUGUUUUUACUUCGCACAUCGUAAAUCCUUCCCGGGAUUUUUUUUUUUUUUUUUUUUUUUGUUUUCCGUCGUCCCCGAAACCACCGGAGCUCGAGUAUCCUCCGUUACUACCGCCGCCCACCCGAAAAUGGAUGGCACCGCUUUUCGCGCCGUCGUCCUGUUGUUGUUAGCGGUAUUCAAGACGCACGAGGUUUCUACUCAAGAUUACGAUGUAUCUGAAAUACAGUGUUCGUUUUCGACGGACUCGCUGAGGGUGGGAAAAGCACUUUUAGGAGUCAAAGACGUGAUAUCCGCCCGGCUAAAGAAACCCGAAGGGUUCAAGGGGCACCCGCUGUUUGCCGAUGACCGGUCCGUCGAUCCAUUGAUCGAUCCAGUCUGUCAGAUACGACCCGAUUUGUCGGACGUAUCGCUGCUGACCUACAACCUGUUGGUCACCGACUUCACGCGGUGUGGCGUGCUCAGGCGAAAUGGUUUUGUGCACGUCCGAGUGUGGUUUCCGCAGUUCCCCGGCGUCGUCAUGAUGUCUGACCAAGAGCUGAUCAUAAUGUGCAAACCACCAGAACCGACUGUGAUCGAGAACAAAGCCGCCGGAUUCGCCGGAAGUUUCCCACACGGUGCGCGAGUAUCUGGAGUUGUAGAAGAGACGCCUGGUAGACUUGAAUACGAGGUGGCGUUAUACAAGGAAGCGCCAGCCCGAUUGACAAACUUGAGCCACAACAGCGAACUUCCAGUCGAUCAGGCCGUGCCUAUUGGUACUAAACUUCAACUCCGAGCCAGAAUAAACCCACAUUCAGCUUGGAAGUUCGUUAAGUUGAUGGAAGUGUCUGUAUCCCCAGAUCCCGACAACGCACACGUAUCUGGUAGUGUUGCUUUGGUAAAAGACGGAUGCCGGAAUCGAGAUUUUGCGACAAUCAUUCCACACCAGCCAGCCAAGUAUCGGGAAAGACACAACGAAGUGUUUUUGGACUUCGAGGCGUUCCUGUUGAGCACCAUGAAAGAACGAUCGACAUUAUGGAUUCAUUCACAGAUUAAAGCUUGCAUGGAUGCCAACGACUGUCAGCCGGAAUACUGUCUGGACUUGUUCGAGCCAUCUGGACACGGACGUAGGCGCAGGAGGUACGUGCCGGGCACCGGUAAUGGAACCGCUCUACAGCAGCAGCAGACGUCAGCGGUCGACGACCGGAACACGACCAACUUCGCCAAGUUCAAGGAGAAUAUCGAGUACACAGUAAUCAUGCCCGAGGAUAUCUACCACGGUGCCGCGACCUCGUCUGAAAACAAUUGCGGGACGUUCCUCGCCCUGUCCGGGGUCCUGGGCUGUCUCCUGUUCAUCGCCGCCAUGAUACUGUGCUACCUGACUUCCCGGUUGCAGGCGGCCAUCGGAUCCAAGUACAGGACGGCGCAACAGGACUCGUUCGGCAGUGGUCGUCUCCAUUCCGGCACCGGUCAACCGUCAAAGUUUCCGGUGUCCUACGCAUCCGGUUCGUCGAUGUACUCAGGUCGGCUGCACUGACGUCCGCCGUUCAAUCAUAUAGAUUCGAUUAUUUUAUUAAAUCUUUGUAUAUAGUUUGUUUUUUUCUCCAUUACGACAGAACCUCUUAUACGUAAUAUAUUAUAGACGCUUGAUUCAUGAUUCAAUUCGUACACGAUCGUUUUUCAAGUUUAGGUUUUGUACUCAGUAUACGGCCACAGGAUGAUUUUAACAAUGAACAUUCGCAUAUUGUCCAGGUACAUAUUUUUCAAGAGAGAAUAACAUUAUUUUAAUGGUAUUUUCUAUAGCGUUGGUUUCUCAUAUUUUUUAUUUUAUUUAAAACAUAUAUUUUAUUAAUGAAAGAUUAGAAGAUAGUUAAAUGAACGUUACUGUUCUAUUUUUUUUUCAAAAAUUAAUUGAGAUAAUGAGUGUUUGUUGUUGAAAAAAUCAUCCUAUUAAAAAUUAUGUUUAAUUUACGUAUGCUUAAACCAUGGAUGGAACUCCAUGAAAUCCUUUGUUUUUUUUUUUUUGGGGGGGGGGGAGCAGAAAUUUACAAGUAGGUAUACGAUCGUCUUUGCAGAAGAUUUUUUGACUCGUUGAUAUUUUGAAUACAGCAUCUUUUAUUGGUACCAUGUUUUCACCAAAAUUCAAUUACCGUAAUGAGAUUAUAUUGUUUGAAGAUACUAAAAAUUGUCUAUAUUAUUAUGUCGGUCCUUUUUUUUGACUUAAAUUCACGACACCUUGGCGUCAUGUCACCCGUUUGUUUUAUAAACCUUCGUUAGACGUGUCAUCAGUCACAAAACUGUACCUAACCACAUAAAAGUAACCACGACGAGUUGAAUUGAAUCGUGAUUUAAACGAUACUAUUGUGUGCUUUUUGGUCAACCGACGCACAGUAUGAUAUAGUAUACACAGUAUUAUAUUACAAUAUAAUAUAGUACAGAGAUGUUAUUGCAGACUCUGUUUAGUAUAAUAUUAAGUUCUGGUCAAUUAAGCUCGAUAUUCUAUAAAAUACAAUAUAAUUUAGUUAUUAAAAGAAUUAUGUUUUCCGAUGAUAAUAUAUUAUUAUUAUUACAUUAUUUAUGUUAUCGUCUGGACGUAUAAUAUAUCACCGCUCUACUACUUACUAUUAUUUUUAUUAUUACACUUAAGUGCAUCGUAUUAUUUAUGUGGAAUCUUAUAUAGACUAGUUAAAUGUAAUAUUAUUAUUGAUACGUGUUCAUUUUAAAAAUUUGUAUUUUUUUUUCUAAUAUUAUUAUUACUAUUUUGUACUCGGACGCGCGAUAUCAUUAAACAUUGUAUUAUAAACUUUGUAGGCGAUUUCAUGAGCAUUAUUUUCGAUAUUAAGAUGAUAAUAUUAUUAUGAUACAAUAUAAUUAUAAGUAGUAGUAUAUAGCGUAUAUUUUUUAAAAUACUAUUUAUGUAAACGUGUGUAUUUACAAUAUAACUAUUAGAAUAAAUAAAUACGUUUAAUUUUGAUU